GCGCCCCCCGCCGCCGGACGCGCCCGCGAUGCUGCGCCCGCCCGGGCCCGCCCCGGGCUCGUGGCUCUGCUGAUCUCCGUGCUCCGCUCGUGUCCCCCAUGGGCUCACCAGUGUCCUUCGUGCUCUCGAGGAUGUCGGGCUGCGGUGCCCCCGGUGCCAAGAGCCGGGUGACGGUGCCCAAGCGCGUGUGGGAGUUCGUGACGCGGGAGCGCGCGGCGCGCCUGGCGCUGCUGGCGCAGGAGGCGCGGGUGCGGAUCCUGGUGGACGGCGAGACCCCCGAGCUGUACGUGCUGCAGCUGUGCGCGACCCCCCCGGCGCCCCCCGGCGGCGCGGGGCUCUGCCCGGCCCGCAAGGCGCUCAAGGCGCUGCUCAAGGAGACGGAGAAGGAGCUGAAGAAGCGCAGCCAGCGGCACACGGGGGAGGUGCUGGGGCCGCGCCCGGAGCCCCCCGCGGGCGCCGCGGGCUGUCCCGGCGCGGGCGCGGCGCGGGACGAGGAGCCGGAGCGGCAGUGCCCGAUCUGCCUGGGCGAGAUGCGCGGGCCGCGCACGCUGGAGCGCUGCCGCCACUCGUUCUGCGGGGAGUGCAUCGCGCGGGCGCUGCAGGUGCGCUCCGCCUGCCCCGUCUGCGGCCGCUUCUACGGGCAGCUGGUGGGCAACCAGCCCCCCGACGGCCGCAUGCUGGUCACCCGCGACGCCGCGCUGCCGCUGCCCGGCUACGAGGCCUUCGGCACCAUCAUCAUCCAGUACGUCUUCCCGCCCGGCGUGCAGGGGGUGGAGCACCCCAACCCGGGCGUGCGGUACCCGGGCACCACGCGCGUGGCAUACCUGCCCGACUGCCCCGAGGGGAACAAGGUGCUGGGGCUGUUCCGCAAGGCCUUCGCCCAGCGCCUCACCUUCACCGUGGGCACCUCGCUGACCACGGGCCGUGCCAACGUCAUCACCUGGAACGACAUCCACCACAAGACCAACUGCACCGGCGGGCCCCAGCUGUUCGGGUACCCCGACCCCACGUACCUCGCCCGGGUGCAGGAGGAGCUGCGGGCCAAGGGCAUCACCGAGGACUGAGCGGGGGGCACGGAGCCCUCCUGGGCACGGGGGGACGCCCCCAGGAUCACCCCGGGCAGGGGGACCCCCAAAC